ACAAAACGCUGGACGACGAUUGGUCUGCUUACGUACCAAUUCAUCUCGGCAAUGAGCGAACCGGAACUAUGCGAAUAAACGCGAGUCUCUCCGUCCGCUAACCGGUCCUCAACGUCAACCUCGGUGCAGUCCUGCUUUCAUGAGUCUUUCGUCAUUUUUGUCGCCUUUCUUCCCCGUCGCGCACGCCGACGCGCCGGAGGAAAAGGAGCCCGAGGAGAAGCAGGCGGUCGAGGAAAAGGCGGAGGAGGAGGAGGAAGAGGAGGAGGAGGAGCCCGAGGAUAUCAUGCCUGCGCUGCGUGAGGAGUGUGAGAACAGCGCGAGAUGCGUGGCAGCCACGAAGCACUUUCAGCAAUGCGAGGAGAGGGUAAACUCGGGCAAGGGCUUCGAACAUGAGGACUGCAUCGAGGAAUUGUACGUUACCGAACAACAUAAUUGCAUGAUGCACUGCGUAGAUGACUGCGUCGCGCCGAAGCUUUUCGCCAAGCUCAAGUGA